UGUAAUGAAGCAAGUGAAAUGGGUAGACAUACCAGAAUGGAUAGGGAAACAGGUAGACAUGAUAGAAUUGAUAGUGAAACAAGUAUAUAUGACGAAAUUGAUAGUGGAACAGGUAAAAACAAUGAAAUGGAUGGUGAAACGGAUGGUGAAAAGCAUAGAUAUGGCAAAAUUGGCGAAAUUGAUGGUGAACCAGGUAGAUAUGACAAAGUUGAUAUUGGAACGGAUAAAAAUAAUGAAAUAGAUGGUGAAACAGGUAUAUAUGGCGAAGUCGAUAUUGGAACGGAUAAAAAUAAUGAAAUAGAUGAUGAAACGGAUGAAAUUGAUGGUGAAGCGGGAACGGGUAAAAAUAAUAAAAUGGAUGGUAAAACAGAUGAUAAAACGGGUAGAUAUGACAAAAUCGGUGAAAUGGACGAAAUUGAUGGUGAAACGGACGAAAUUGAUGGUGAAACAGGUAGAUAUGGUGAAAUUAAUAGAGGAAUGGGUAAAAAUAAUGAAAUGGAUGGUAAAACAGAUGAUGAAAUAGGUAGAUAUGGAAAAAUCAGUGAAAUGGACGAAAUUGAUGGUGAAAUUGAUUGUGCAAUAGAUAAAUAUGAUGAAAUGGAUAGUGAAAUAAGCAGAUAUGAUGAAAUCAAUGGUAAAACAUAUAGAUAUGAUGAAAUAGAUAGUGAAAUGGGUAGACAAAAAAUAGAUGAAUUUAGUAAUGGAAGUGGUUACGGCGAAACAGAUGAAUUUAAUAAUGGGAGUAGUUAUGGUGAAACAGAUGAUAAAAUUG